GGCACUGGGCGACUCUGUGCCUCGCGGAGGAAAAGCAACUAAACAUGGGCAAAGGAGAUACUAAGAAGCCGAGAGGCAAAAUGUCCUCAUAUGCAUUCUUUGUGCAAACCUGCCGGGAGGAGCGCAAGAAGAAGCACCCAGAUGCUUCUGUCAACUUCUCAGAGUUCUCCAAGAAGUGCUCAGAGAGGUGGAAGACUAUGUCUGCUAAAGAAAAGGGGAAAUUUGAAGAUAUGGCAAAGGCUGACAAGGCUCGUUAUGAAAGAGAAAUGAAAACCUACAUCCCUCCCAAAGGGGAGACCAAAAAGAAGUUCAAGGACCCCAAUGCACCCAAGAGGCCUCCUUCGGCCUUCUUCCUGUUCUGUUCUGAGUACCGCCCAAAAAUCAAAGGUGAGCAUCCUGGCUUACCCAUUGGUGAUGUUGCAAAGAAACUAGGAGAGAUGUGGAACAACACUGCCGCGGAUGACAAGCAGCCCUACGAGAAGAAGGCUGCCAAGCUGAAGGAGAAGUAUGAAAAGGAUAUUGCUGCCUACAGAGCUAAAGGAAAACCUGAUGCAGCGAAAAAGGGGGGUAGUCAAGGCUGAAAAGAGCAAGAAAAAGAAGGAAGAGGAAGAUGAGGAGGAGGAUGAAGAGGAAGAGGAGGAAGAAGAGGAAGAUGAAGAAGUUGAUGAUGAUGAAUAAGUUGGUUCUAGCACAGUUUUUUUCUUGUCUAUAAAGCAUUUAACCCCCCUGUACACAACUCACUCCUUUUAAAGAAAAAUUGAAAUGUAAGGCUGUGUAAGAUUUGUUUUUAAACUGUACAGUGUCUUUUUUUGUAUAGUUAACACACUACCGAAUGUGUCUUUAGAUAGCCCUGUCCUGGUGGUAUUUUCAGUAGCCACUAACCUUGCCUGGUACAGUCUGGGGGUUGUAAAUUGGCAUGGAAAUUUAAAGCAGGUUCUUGUUGGUGCACAGCACAAAUUAGUUAUAUAUGGGGACAGUAGUUUGGUUUUUGUUUUUCUUUUCUUUUGGUUUUCUUUUUGGGGUUUUUUUCCAUCUUCAGUUGUCUCUGAUGCAGCUUAUAUGAAGAUAAUUGUUGUUCUGUUAACUGAGUACCACUCUGUAAUUGCAAAAAAAAAAAAAAAAAAAAAAAAAAAAAAUUGCGGCUGUUUUGUUGACAUUCUGAAUGCUUCUAAGUAAAUACAAUUUUUUUUAU